AUGUCUGAAAGCGCAGCAUGGCCGAUCGCCGAUGGGCAAUUGGCGCAACUUACCCUAGACCUGGUCCAGCAGGCUAGUCAUUAUCGCCAGCUAAAGAAAGGCGCCAACGAAGCCACCAAGACCCUCAACCGUGGAACUUCGGAGAUUCUCAUUCUCGCAGCCGAUACCUCGCCGCUCGCCAUUCUCCUUCAUCUGCCCCUACUCGCUGAGGACAAGAACGUCCCAUAUGUCUACGUACCGAGCAAAGUGGCCCUUGGGCGCGCUUGUGGUGUCAGCAGGGCCGUGAUCGCUGCGAGUAUCACAACGAACGAGAGCAGCGACCUUAUGCCUCAGAUCCGAGAGUUGAAGAACAAGGUGGAGAGACUGAUGAUCUAA